AACAACAUCCGUAGUAAACAAGUAGUCACUUAUAUAUAUAUAUAUAUAUAACACCCGACAGUAUGUCACCCGACGGUAACGGUUCGACAGCUGACGGCCAACACAAUCGCAAGUGUCAACAGAUGACCGCCGCAACCGCCGCCGCCGCCAAUGACCUCAACAGCGAUAGCCGACGACGCGAAUCGUCAACACAAUGGUCCGAACAGGACAUCAUCGGCAACGACCGGAUUGGCUACGAUAGUUCCCGCGAUAUUAAUAGCCAUUUCUAUGCCAUCAAUGAACGCCCAGUGGACGACAUAUCUCUGGAAUUCUUCUAUAAGCCGCACACCAUCUCGUUGUUGACCGUAUCGAUUGUGGCCGUAUUUUUUACCGCAUUUCAACGCAGCGGCGACGGCGCCGACCACUCAUUGGAGGACAACAUUUGCGACGGCUUGCURUGUGUUGUCUUCUUCUUCCUAAUCAUAUCGAUGUUGACCUUUCCGAACGGCCCGUUCACGCGACCGCAUCCCGCAGUUUGGCGUCUGAUUUUCGGCUUAAGUGUCCUGUAUUUGAUGGCAUUGUUGUAUCUAUUGUUUCAAAACUUUGCGACCGUUAAGUCCAUAAUGUAUUGGUUUUAUCCCGAUUUGAAACACUUUCGUAUUGACUCCGAAAAGCAAUACGCCAUCAACUGCUCGGAUACCUCAGUCCAGCGAAUCUGGAACACUGUCGACGUCUUUGCUUGGGGCCAUUUCUUUGGCUGGACAAUGAAGGCCAUCCUCGCCCGACACUACGGCAUUUGUUGGACAAUAUCGGUCACCUGGGAGAUCACCGAAAUGGCUUUCGCACACCUGUUGCCCAAUUUUGCCGAAUGCUGGUGGGAUUCAAUAGUCCUCGAUGUCCUCAUAUGCAACGGUUUAGGCAUAUGGUUUGGUAUGUGGAUCUGCCGGAUGCUUGAGAUGCGGACAUACAAAUGGGAAAGCAUUAAGGACAUACAGUCGACAUCGUUACGUAUCCGKCGUAUGCUUCUACAGUUUACACCCGCCGACUGGGAACACGUCCACUGGUUUGACCAGUCYCGGCCGUACGUCCGUUUUCUGGCCGUUACCCAAUUGGUCAUAUUCUGGCAGAUGACCGAAUUGAAUACGUUUUUCUUGAAACAYAUUUUCGACGUACCRCCCGAUCACCCGCUGUGUCUCAUCCGACUAGCACUGGUCGGUCUGAUUGUKGCGCCGUCGGUCCGUCAAUACUAUACGUAUGUUACGGAUAAACGAUGCAAACGAGUCGGUACCCAGUGCUGGGUAUUCGGUGCCAUUAUGCUGACCGAGGCACUGGUAUGCAUCAAAUUUGGGCUCAAUAUUUUCGCACAGACACAGAUCCAGAAUAUUAUCUCAUGGCUGGUCAUACAAUUAUUGCUCAGUAUAUUCUGUAUAUCAAUGUGCAUACUAUGGGCUAAAUAUACCGAUACCGGUGGCUAUGAAUCUCUUGAUGAUUACCGUAUAAAUAGUAAACCAAUGGUCACAAUCUCAUCRUCAUCAGUAUCAUCAUAA